CAAACAAAUAAAUGAAGUCACUUCUUCACUGUGAUUAUAUGCGUGAUUAUAUGCAUAUAGAGUUAAAAAUCUUUUCUCUGAAAUAGUUGAUCUGCCAAGGCCUAAUGAAUCCCCAACUAUUUAGCAAACAUGAAAACCAGCCACCUGCAGAAUUACGAAGAUGAAGAUCAGAGGAAAGAAGACAUGGAGUUGCCAAAAUUUGAUCUUAGCACACUAGCAAAUGCCACCGAUAACUUUUCAAGCCGGAAUAAGCUGGGAGAAGGUGGUUUUGGAUCUGUGUACAAGGGAACGUUGAUAGAAGGGCAAGAAUUAGCAGUGAAGAGGCUCUUAAAGAAUUCAGGACAAGUACUUACAGAGUUCAAAAAUGAAGUCAUAUUGAUUGCUAAACUCCAGCAUCGCAAUCUUGUAAAGCUUUUUGGUUACUGUAUUGAGGGAGAUGAAAGAACAUUAAUUUAUGAAUACAUGCCGAAUAAAAGGCUGGACUACAUUUUCGAUAGAAAAACUAGAAAUUCAUCAGAUUGGCGCAUUUGGAUCAAUAUUGUAGGCGGAAUUGCUAGAGGGCUUCUUUAUCUUCAUCAAGACUCUAGGUUGAGUAUUAUCCAUAGGUGUCUCAAGGCCAGCAAUGUGCUACUAGAUAAUGGUAUGAACCCGAAAAUUUCAGAUUUUGGUAUGGCCAGAACAUUUGGUGGAGAUCAAACAGAGGCCAACACAAACAAAAUUGUGGGAACAUAUGGCUAUAUGUCUCCUGAAUACGCAGUUGAUGGGCUCUUCUCAGUUAAAUCAGACGUCUUCAGCUUCGGUGUUUUAGUACUUGAGAUAGUCAGUGGAAAGAAAAACAGAGGUUUUAACCAUCCUGAUCAUCACCACAACCUCCUUGGACAUGCAUGGAGAGUAUGGAAUGAAGGGAGACCUCUGGAGCUAAUCAAUGAACCAGAACAAGAUUCUUGUACUUUAUCUGAAAUUUUAAGAUGCAUUCAUGUGGGUCUUUUAUGUGUUCAGAAACGACCUGAAGAUAGGCCAAACAUGUCAUCUGUGAUUGUAAUGUUGAGCAGUGGGAUUUCGUUGCCUCAACCAAAGCAACCAGGUUUUUUCACAGAAAGGAAUCUACCUGAAGGAGAGUCUUCAUCAAGCAACCAAAAAUCAUUUUGCACAAAUGAAAUCACUGUUUCAUUUCUGGGACCACGUCUGGGAAAAUCUAUGGAAAGAUUUAAAGUUGUCUUUGUUUUCAUCUUUCUUUUGAUUUCCCCUGUAAGAAUCUCUGCCAUAUCGGCGACUCUUACCCCUGGUCAGUCGAUAAGAGAUGGAGAAACUUUGGUUUCAGCUGAGGGAAAUUUUGAACUGGGAUUUUUUAGCCCAGGUAGUUCAAAAAAUAGAUACCUGGGGAUAUGGUACAAAAAAACAUCCCCUGGAACUUCUGUAUGGGUGGCCAACAGAGAAAAACCAAUCGUGGAUCGGCUAGGAGUGUUAAAUGUAACUGCUCAAGGAGUUCUCGUGCUGUUCAAUAGUACUAAUUAUGCUGUUUGGUCAUCUAAUGUCUCAAGAACUGCCCUGAACCCUGUUGUACAGCUCUUGGAUUCGGGAAAUCUUGCUGUAAAAGAUGGGAAUGACAACAAUCCGGAUAACUUUUUGUGGCAGAGUUUUGAUUAUCCGAGUGAAACCUUACUUCCAGGGAUGAAGUGGGGAAAAAAUUUGGUGACUGGUCUUGAUAGGUAUAUAUCACCUUGGAAGAGUUCAGAUGAUCCUGCUCGAGGUGAUUUUGCAUUUCGGUUGGAUCCUCGUGGAUAUAACCAAAUGCUGCUUACGAGGGGGCUUACAAUUCUGUUUAGAACCGGUACAUGGAAUGGUUUCCGUUGGGGGGGAGUCCCUGACACGGUAUCGAAUACUGUGUACACAGAACAAUUUGUUUCAACUCCCAAUGAGUCCUAUUACAGGUUUGAUCUUCUAAACAGUUCAAUUCCAUCAAGGUUGGUGAUAAGUCCAGCAGGCAUACCACAGCGCCUCACAUGGAUACCUCAAACGAAUCUUUGGGCACCUUACUCUGUAGUGCAGAUCGAUCAGUGUGACACUUAUAGCUUGUGUGGUGUUAAUGGUAUCUGCAGCAUCAAUGACCAAGCUGUUUGUUCAUGCUUGGAAAGUUUCGUACCCAAGACUCCUGACAGAUGGAACAGUCAAGAUUGGUCUGGUGGCUGUGUUAGACGAACUCAAUUAGGUUGUAAUAAUGGAGAUGGAUUUCUGAAGCACACUGGUGUCAAAUUGCCAGACAUGUCUGAUUCCUGGGUGAAUACUAGCAUGAGCCUAAAUGAAUGUGCGAAUAUGUGCCUUUCAAACUGUUCGUGUGUGGCCUACUCAAAUUCAGAUAUUAGAGGAGGAGGAAGUGGCUGCUACCUUUGGUUCAGUGAGCUCAAGGACACUAAACAACUACCGCAGGGUGGGGAAGAUCUCUACAUACGAAUGGCUGCUUCAGAACUACGUAGUUAUGAAAAGAAAAGAAGUUCGAGCAGGAGGAAGCUUAGGAGAAUCAUUGUUGGCAUAUUAAUUCCUUCUGUGGUCGUGUUUCUACUAGGAUUGAUCCUGUACAUGAGGAGAAAGAAUACUAGAAGACAAGCCUUCACCCCAAGCAUCCGCAUUGAGAAUUACAAGGAUGAAAGCGAUAGGAAGGAUGGCAUGGAGUUACCGGCAUUCGAUUUUACCACUAUAGAAUACGCCACAGAUUACUUUUCAUUCAAUAACAAACUGGGAGAAGGUGGUUUUGGAUCUGUAUACAAGGGAACAUUGAGUGAUGGACAAGAAAUAGCGGUGAAAAGGCUUUCAAAGGAUUCUGGACAAGGACUAACAGAGUUCAAAAAUGAAGUUAUAUUGAUAGCAAAACUUCAGCACCGCAACCUUGUCAAGCUUCUUGGUUGUUGCAUUGAAGGAAAUGAAAGAAUGUUGAUCUAUGAGUACAUGCCUAAUAAAAGCUUGGACAACUUUAUAUUCGAUCAAACAAAUACAAACAUACUUGAUUGGCAAACACGCCUCAACAUAAUUGGCGGCAUUGCCAGAGGGCUUCUUUAUCUUCACCAAGACUCUAGAUUGAGGAUUAUACAUAGGGAUCUCAAGGCCAGCAAUGUGCUUCUAGAUGAUUCUAUGAACCCAAAAAUAUCAGACUUCGGCAUGGCCAGAACAUUCGGGGGAGAUCAAAUAGAGGCAAAUACUAGUAGGAUUGUUGGAACAUAUGGCUAUAUGUCUCCCGAGUAUGCGGUCGAUGGGCUCUUCUCAAUCAAAUCUGAUGUCUUUAGCUUUGGCGUUUUAGUACUUGAGAUAGUGAGUGCGAAGAAAAACAGAGGAUUUUUCCACCCUGAUCACAGCCAUAACCUUCUUGGACAUGCAUGGAAACUUUGGAAUGAAGGCAGGCCACUGGAGCUCAUGAAUAAAAAGAUUGAUGACUCUUCCUCUUUGUCUGAAGUUAUAAGAUGCAUUCAGGUCGGUCUUCUAUGCGUGCAACAACGACCUGAAGACAGGCCAAGCAUGUCAACUGUGGUUGUAAUGUUGAGCAGUGAGAUCUCAUUGCCCCAGCCAAAACAGCCUGGUUUUUACACAGAGAGAAGUUUCUCUGAACAAGAAACCUCAUCAAGUAGUAUAAGAUCAGCUUUUAGGAAUAACAUCAGCUUUACAGUGUUUGAACCGCGGUAGAACAUCCACUUGACAAAAGAAGGGUGUCGGAUAAGAACACAUCCUUUCCUGUAAUGAUCUUUACCAAAAUACUGAAUGUAUCUAAUUUCUCUUUUCCAUCAGUAAAUUUUGAGGUUUUUCUCAUCAUCUUCCUGAAACAUUUUAAUUGUUAUGAUCAAACAACUCGUUCUAUU